UGGACGUGGCUGGGGUGAGUGGCAGGCAAUGGGUGACACCCACAUCUAAAUGUUACAGAAUUCUGGGGAAGGAGAGUGUUACAUCUUUUGAGGAACCUUAGCCUUAAACUUUGUUAGUGAGAAGCUCUGGGUGGGGCAGGAGAUAGGGCCAGCCGUCUCUUGGGGCAGAUCAGCUGAUGACCCAACCCACCAAAGCUAGUUAGAGUCCUGUAGCAGUGGAGCAGGAGUGAGAACAACUUCGGGACCACUAUGAGCCAGGAUGGGGUUGGAGGUGCAUAUAAGGCACCCUUGUUUUACUUUCAGAGAGAGAGUUCUUCAGGCCUUCCAAGUGAUUGACAUUUUCAAGCCCGUUAGCCACAGGACAGUGACAGGUUCUGGGAAACAGAUUGCAGCCCCAUAACUUGGUAGCUCACUGUGCAAGGCCACUUCCCCACUCUAGUCCAAAGGUGAAAGCAUACCCUUCUUUCAGUACCUAGCACCUCCCUUCAUGGCUCUUCCUUACUGAGGCCUUCAAGUUCCAGCCAAGGAAAGGCUUGAUCAGGGUAGGUAACUCUCAGCACCAAACCGGUUUUCCCACCUUGACUAGGGCUGGCAUAUUACUUCUGGUAAAUUCCCAAUCCCAGCAUACCCCAGCCACCAAGUUCUCCCUACCCUGGAAUGUAAGGGGGUGGGGGAUAGCCAAGUCACCCUUUGUGCCUUGUUUGCCUUAGGUGCGGGCCAGAAAGGCAGGCCAGAAAGGGUUGAGUCUUUUGUAUUUCUGGCACUAUGGGAUUACCUCCCUUGAAAAUUAGGUUUUUUUUAAAUGCAAACUUUGUUUUUAUUUGUAUCAAGGUAGGGAGGAACUAGGGCCUAUAGCAGCCUAGGCAGGUGUCUCACUGCUGAGCCACACCUCCCUUGAAAGUUUUGAAACAAAGUCAAACAAAGGAGUUGGGAUUCCAUUUGACAUCACUCCUUCCUCUAGUUGGAAUUCUAGAGGAGAGGACCAGAAAGUCUAGGCUACCCAAUGGGCUUACUCUGAAGUAAGUAGGAGGGACCAGUGGCCUUUUCUCUAGAUGCCCUGGCUAAUCCAGGUCCUUUAUCUCAAGUACCAAGUCAAAUCCCUUGGAUCGGUCUCCUUCCAACAAGAAUCUCUUACUGGACUCUGAUUUAACACAAGCUAAUGCUCUUUUUCUGUGCUAAGUGUCAAACACUCAGGUGCCCAUAUGAGGUAACAAAAGCCAAGACAAACAGAGGCAGAGGUUCAGUAAUGUGCCCAGUGCCACAUUAUUAAUCUAUUGGAAGCAAGCUUUCUCCUCAGGCAGGCUCUAGAAGUAUCCCUUUAGUAGUUUGUGUUCCUGCAGAAAUCAGUUUCCAAUCCCGACUAGCCUUAAGAGGGAGACCAGGGCUUGCCAGUGUCUGUAGAAGCUCUUACUUUCAGUGUACGGCCAUCUUGCAAUCCCCUAAACCCAUUAAAUUCAAGAUACUUAUACUUUUAUUCCUAUUUUGUAAAUUACUUUGCAAGUACACCUUUGGGACAAGUAGAUGAAAACGGUUUCCAUUUUACAAAGGAAAUAGGGUUAAGGAAUUAAAUGACCUUCCCUAAGAAAAUGGCCUUGGUCUGCUCUCCCCGGGAGUCUGCGUUACAUAUUGAAAGGUCCAGUAGAACACAUUGCUGAGAUGAGGAAAUGCUAAUGACCCUAGGCCGACAGAGCUUACAGGGAGGGAGUUAUAGAGGAAACGCUGAUAAAUUGCUUAUCGGGCAGGAGAGAUGGUUUAGUGGUUAAGAGUACUGGCUGUGCUUCCAGACGAUCCAGGUUUGGUUCCUAGCACCUGCAAUGGUGGCUCAUCACCAUCUGUAAAGCCAGUCCCAGGGGGAUCCAACACCUGUCCUUUGCGUGCACCAGGUACACACGGUACACAUUUAUCAAUACAGCUAGAACACCCAUACACAUAAGGAAACAAACCAAUAAUUUCAAAAUAGACAACUUAAAACACUAUCUCCGUAUGUAUCAGAUUAGCAGAGCUCUGCCCUGUCCACUCCCACCUUCCACCCCAACCUAGACUUGUCUGGUGAUGCUGCCACGCUACUUCCUUUAGAGCUGAUAAAUGACACAGAAAAGGAAUGGGUUCUGGGGGCAUAGUAGGUUUUCACAAAGCACAGAAUGGUUCAGUGAUUGUGCAGGAGGUGGUGUGGGCAGAUAGGUGAUGCCUUCUUGGGGAGAAAGGAAGAUAUAAAUAAAGCUAACUGCCUUUUCAAAGCCUGGGCCCUGGGGACGGUAACAUAGAAAAACUACAACUCCCAGAAGUCUCUGUUUCUAGGCAAGUAGCGACGGUUGCUAUGGUUUCGGAAAACAAUAUGGCUGCUCCCAGAUGGGAUUUGAGUCUGUGCGGAAUAGGGACCCAAACACCCAUCUGAACGCUCGCAAUUGCGAGAGGAGGCAUUUGAAGGGUUCUGGGGCUAGCGCUGGGCUCUGUCGGGAACGGUGAGGCCUUGCUCUGGAUCCAAUGGAAAGCAGCGUGGAUGAGGAGGCUCUUCACCAGCUGUACCUCUGGGUAGACAACAUCCCUCUGUCCAGACCCAAGAGGAACCUGUCCCGGGACUUCAGCGACGGAGUCCUGGUUGCAGAGCUUAUCAAGUUUUACUUCCCCAAGAUGGUGGAGAUGCACAAUUAUGUCCCCGCCAACUCUCUCCAGCAGAAGCUCAGCAACUGGGGUCACCUGAACAGAAAGGUGCUGAACAAGCUGAACUUCUCCGUCCCAGAUGAUGUGAUGCGGAAAAUUGCGCAGUGUUCUCCGGGGGUAGUGGAGCUAGUGCUCAUUCCAUUGAGGCAGCGCCUGGAGGAGCGGCAGAGGCGCCAGAAGCUGGGUGUUGGCUCCUUACAGGAGCUGGCUCCUCAGGAUAGCAGUGGCUACAUGGAUAUGGGUUUGUCCCAGAAGGUUCGAGGAGAUGCCCCAACCCUAGGAGAACAGCUCAGAGAGGGCCAUCCGCUGGCUCCCCGACCCCCUGGGUAUAACCAGGCGCUGCAGGGGGAUCCGAACUUCGUCCUCCAGAUCGCUGAAAAGGAGCAGGAGCUGUUGGCCUCUCAAGAGACAGUACAGGUCCUUCAGAUGAAGGUGAAGCGUCUGGAACAUCUGCUCCAACUCAAGAACGUGCGCAUCGAUGACCUCUCCCGGCGGCUCCAGCAGGCCGAGCGCAAGCAGCGGUGAGCGGUGCCAGGGCUGCGCGGGGUUUCCCAAUACCCGCCAGAGCCCAGACGCCGCGACCCACCACUCACCUGCGGACGCAGGAUUGGGAGGGCGGAGCGAGCUGCUCGUUAGCGUCUCCGGCAGCUACCGCGCUCCGCUGCAAAGGGUUCGGGCGAACGUGGGGGUGUUCAAAGCCGAGGCCGGGCACUGAUCCUCCUCCUUACACUCCACCUGGGCCAGGAAAAGGACCACUUUCCAGAGCCCAGAAAACCUGUACGAACACACCUCAUGACUUCCCAAAUCGUGUCCUCUUUGAAGCUCCCGGCACUGGGCCUGGAGAGGCGGUCCUCUGGCUCGUUCCACACCCCUAGAACCGGUUCCUUUCUCAGCAUAGAAGAUAGCUUCAUCUCUGUCCAUGCUAAAUCUCCAUGCCCCCCGACACGCGAGAAACUAUCCCCGGAAGCUGAGGAAUUCUCUUGCCCCUUCUGGGUGCCGACCUGGGAUCCUUCUCAGGGCUGGAAAUCACAGCAGCUGGCGAGGAAGGGAUAAGGUGUUGAAGUAGUCGGGAGUAAGGGAGGCAUCCAGCUGUGCAAUCGCUCUCCUCUCAGGGAGCAUUAUCAGGAGUGCCUGGGGAAGACAAGGCAGAGCUGUCUCCAUUAAAGGUGGUGUUGUGCGUUCUU